AUGUCGCUAUCUGGAAUCCCAAAGACUUCUCUGCAGCUCUAUCGCGACUGCCUUCGGUUAGUCCGGUAUGUAGCCCCUGGAGAAUCGAAAAAGGCAGUUGCUUUGCGUUCUAUUGUACGGAAUGAGUUUGCCAAGAAUCGCGAGGUUCAAGAAGAACAGCAAUUGCAGGCUCUGCGAGCCAAUGCCAUUCGCGCCUUGUCGAAUUAUCUUUUGUUCCAAAAUGCAAGCUCGGAUCCCAAAGUAAAACAAGCCGUGCAAUCCUUUCAUGAUCGACACGUUUCCUCUGCCCGAGAGACACAGAAGAAUAAAGAGGACAACAAUCCACAACGGUAG